AUGAACCUGGCUAAAUCCACUCUCCUAUCAGUGCUCCUUCUACUUGUUGUAAGCCUAACUGGUGCUGAAGACACAGAUAAAAGGAUUAUUGGAGGUAAGGAGGUAGAUCCCGGGACCAUAGCCUACCAAGCCUCACUCCGUUUCUUCGGAAUACCCUUCUGUGGAGGAACCCUCAUCCAUCCAUUGUGGGUGGUAUCUGCUGCCCACUGCUGGAGGCCGAGUCGUUUAGUCCAAGUGGCUUUGGGCAAACACAAAAUCUUUGAGAAGGAGGAAAAUGAGCAGAUUUUUAAUGUCACCUUAAUCAUCAAGCACCACAAUUACAGACCCUGGACAUUUGACAGUGACAUCAUGCUGCUCAAGCUGAGCAGACCAGCUAACCUGACCAAUGGUGUUGGGUUGGCCCCUUUGCCAGACCCCAGCGCCCCACUCGUGGCACCCUUUACCCGAUGCACCGUCAGCGGCUGGGGUGUGACCAGGGUCUUCGGUUACAAUUUGUCACCUGUGCUGAAUGCGGUAGAUGUGGACAUCAUUCCCAACUGCUGGAGGUACUACUACUUCAGAAUCACAGGAAACAUGAUCUGUGCUGGCAAGCUCACAGGAGGGAAGGACGCUUGUCAGGGCGACUCAGGAGGACCUCUUGUUUGUAAUGGUAAAUUUGUGGGCAUUGUGUCUUGGGGAAUCGGCUGUGCCUAUGCUUACUACCCUGGCGUUUACACCAAUGUCAAAAACUACCUCGACUGGAUCAGCUGGGUCACCAGAUAAUUAGACUCUAAUGAGCACCUCAUUUGACUCUACCGGGUCAUUCACAGUUUAAUGGAUCCUAAUGAUGCCAAAUAUCUAAAUGAACAUGGAGUAGUUUUAUUAAAAACUGCAAUAGGUAUUUGCUAAAUUUUCUACUGUUUGUUGUCUGCUGUAUUUGAUGUUUUUUAAUCUAUUUUUAGGAAGUAAU